CGAUAGUAGAAUUCCGUCACGAUGACUUUAACCACCGCGUUGCUUUCCGUGCUUUCGUUACUCUCGUUGACCCGAAACGCCCCCGCAUGGCACGUUGCAUUUCCAAACGACAGCGAGAUCUUUAACAAUGAUCUCGGCGAAACUUUGCAACCAGCCCUCAUAUUUCCAGGAACAAAAUGGUGCGGCAGCGGCAAUAUUGCAAACAGCUCGGACGAUCUCGGAGUAUUCGCCAUGACUGAUGCAUGCUGCCGUGAACACGACAAAUGCAAAGAUAUAAUCGAGUCGAUGCAGACUAAACACGGUCUGACCAAUGACGCUUUCUAUACAAGGCUACACUGUUCGUGCGACGAGAGGUUCUACGACUGUCUCCAUAGCUCGGAGGAACUCGUUAGCGCGAAGGUCGGCUUCCUCUACUUCAACGUGUUAGACACGAAGUGCUUCCGCGAAGACUACCCCAUCGUUGGCUGCAAACGGCAUUCACUCAUUCCUAGACGGUGUUUGGAGUACGAGCUGGACGAGAGCCAACCGAAGAUGUAUCAGUGGUUCGACGUACCUACGUACUAACAAAGCGACCACCGGACGAUGACGAUGCCCGGCCGUCACAUUCGAUCGCUCGCGGAUCGAUAGAGAGAUCCAUUUUCGCGGCAUC